AUGCUGUCUGUGUCUGUGUCUGUUCAGCUUCUGUUCAGUGUAUUUAUUACACAGUUUGGAUCUUCUGAUGCUCUCGUGGAUCUGGAACCCAUUCGAGCCGAGUCGCCUCUGCUCAGGCCGAAGGUGAUGAUCGCGAUCCUGGCUCGCAAUUCCGAACACAGUCUUCCCUUUUACCUGGGCUGCAUCGAACGCCUGGACUACCCAAAGGACCGGAUCGCUAUCUGGGCUGCUACAGACCACAACACUGAUAACACCACAGCUAUGCUGCAGGAGUGGCUGGCAGGAGUGGAGAGCCUGUACCACUCUGUACGAUUCAGGACCACAGAGGACGAGAGGAGCUCCUAUGUGGACGAGCUGGGUCCCAAACACUGGCCAGACUCCAGAUUCACCCAUGUCAUGAAGCUGAAGCAGGCCGCUCUCCGCUCGGCCCGGGCGCAGUGGGCCGACUACAUCCUGUUUGCAGACAGUGAUAACCUGCUGACAAAUCCAGAAGUGCUGACGCAGCUGAUGGCUGAGAAUCGCACGCUGGUGGCCCCCAUGCUGGAGUCCAGAACACUCUACUCCAACUUCUGGUGUGGUAUGACCAUGCAGGGAUAUUAUAAAAGAACGGAAGAGUAUAUUCCCAUUCGGAAUUGGAAGCGCACCGGGUGCCAUGCCGUCCCCAUGAUUCACUCCACCAUGCUGCUGGAUCUGCGGCGAAGCUCCAGCAAAGCCCUGGCCUUCUACCCUCUGCCCCAGAGCUACCCCUGGGCCCUGGACGACAUCAUGGUCUUCUCGUUUUCAGCACGACAGGCAGGUGUGCAGAUGUUUGUAUGUAACAGAGAGCACUACGGCUACCUGCCUGUGCCACUGAGUGUACAGCAGACUCUGGAGGAGGAGGCGGAGAGCUUCAGCCACACGCUCACUGAGGCCAUGCUUGAGUUUCCUUUGGAGCCUUCACGUUAUCUGUACAACCUCCAAAAAAACAAAGACAGAAUGGCGUUUGAUGAGAUCUACUUAAUUAAUCUAGAGAGACGUGUGGACCGUAGAGAGCGUAUGUUGCGCUCGUUGGAGGUGUUGGGUAUUGAAGUCACACUUACGGAUGCAGUGGAUGGCAAAGCUCUGAACUCCUCUCAGCUCCAGGCUUUAGGCAUUGAGAUGUUGCCUGACUACCAAGACCCCUAUUCUGGCCGUGUGCUGACCAGAGGAGAGGUCGGUUGCUUCCUCAGCCAUUACAACAUCUGGACACAGGUGGUGAAACAGCAGCAGCAGCAGGUGCUGGUGCUAGAAGAUGACGUCCGGUUUGAAUUGAACUUCAAGAGCCGCCUGAACACCAUCAUGGAGGAUGCUAAGCGUGCACGACUUAACUGGGACUUAAUAUAUGUGGGCCGUAAGCGAUUGCAGGUGAAGCGUCCUGAAAGCUGGGUAAAGGGAGUGAAGAACCUGGUAAACCCUGAUUACUCCUACUGGACACUGGGCUACGCUCUCUCCCUGCAGGGUGCUAAAAAACUGCUGGACGCCCAGCCUCUGAGUAAAAUGCUGCCAGUAGAUGAGUUCCUGCCUGUUAUGUUUAACAAGCACCCUAAGGAAGAGUACUUGGCUCACUUUGAGCAGAGGAACCUGCUGGCGUUCUCGGUGGAGCCACUCCUCCUCUACCCCACUCACUAUACAGGAGAACCCGGCUACAUCAGCGACACGGAGACCUCCACCAUCUGGGACGACGAGAGCAAAGCCACAGACUGGGACCGCCAGCUCGCCCAUAAAAAACGCAACCGUGGUGAUGCAGGUCCCACGCCCACCUGGAACAGGGGUCAUGGGGACGAACUCUGA